CAUCACCAAAACCUCCGAGAAAACAAAUCCACCGGCGCGGAGCUCCCACCGCUGCCAAUAUAUCUCGCCACCACGGGCUGCCACCCCCCUCCUCCCCCAACGGUCUCCGCUACUGCUCGUCACGUCUCCUCCCUCUCCGUCCCCGUCCCCCUCCAUCUCCUCCACCCCACGGUUCGGCUACCCGGCGGCGCGUCGCGCUCUGCGCCGGUUCCUGCGGCGGCGGCGGCGCGCGCGGGCGGAUGGCGCUGUUCCGGCGGCUGUUCUACCGGCGGCCGCCCGACGGGCUCGUCGAGAUCUCCGGCAACAUCCUCGUAUUUGACCACUGCUUCUCCACGGAUUUACUUGAAGAAGACGAGCUGAUGCCAUACAUUGGAGGAAUCUUAAAACAGCUACUUGGCCGCUACUCCAUCGACUCAUUCAUGCUAUUCAACUUUGAGGGAGGCAAGAAGGACAACCAAAUUGCCAGCAUUUUCUCUUACUACGACAUGAGUGUGAUGGGUUAUCCACGUAACUAUGAAGGAUGCCCCUUGCUCACCAUGGAGAUGAUUCACCAUUUCCUGAGGUCUAGUGAAAGCUGGCUCUCGUUAAGCCAGGACAAUUUUCUGCUUAUCCAUUCAGAACAUGGGGGGUGGCCAGUCCUUGCUUUUGCAUUGGCAGCUCUACUGGUUUACCUCAAAAGGUGUAGUGAUGAGAGGAAGGCUUUAGAGAUGGUUUGCAGACACGCACCAGAUGGGCUAGCUGAGCUAUUCUCACCAAUUGACCCAGUGCCUUCUCAGCUGAGAUACUUGAAGUAUGUGUCAAAAAUGCACACAUCACCAGAAUUGUGGCCUCCUGUUGACAAAAUGCUGAAUUUGAAUUGUAUAAUAAUCAGGAAGGUACCGAAUUUUGAUGGGCAAGGGGGAUGUAGACCAAUAUUCCGGAUUUAUGGCCUAGAUCCCCUUGCACCUAAUGACAGGGCUACUAAAGUUCUUUUUUCGAUCCCAAAGACAAGUGAUUUUGUCCAGCUUUAUACACAGGAAGAAUGUGAGAUAAUCAAGGUUAAUGUUCAUUGUCCUGUGCAAGGAGACAUUGUAAUUGAGUGCAUCAGCCUGGAUGAGGACUUUGAACAUGAAGUUAUGGUGUUCAGAGCCAUGUUUAGCACAGCUUUUAUUGAAGACAAUCUGUUGGUACUUGAUAGGGACCAGAUUGAUAUUCUAUGGGACACAAAACACCGAUUUCCUGUAGACUUCAGAGUUGAGGCUAUAUUUUCUGAUAUGGACAUGAGUACAACAAUUGGCAAAUCUAAGUUAUCAAGCGAGGAGAAAGAAAGCCUUGCAAAGGUUGAUGAUGCCUUCAGUCAUCUGGAUUGGUCAAGCAAAAAUGAUCACAUCACAAAUCAUGAACCAGACCAGAAGGGAUUACACAAUGAACAUGAUGGCUUUGAUGCAAUACCUCUAGAGGAAACAGAAACCAGCAACAAAGCAGCUGAACAUAGCUUGCUGGAUAGCAGAUCAGUUCAGAUUCAUCAUAUAGAACCAGCAGAUAACCAUUAUUCUACGCAUUCUUUACCAGAAGCAGAAGCUCCUGGACCAAACUCUCAAGGAGAUCAACUGUUCAAGGAUACAUCAGCACGGGAUGAGCCAGAAGUGGAUGGCACUAAGAAUGAACCCAAUUCAGAAACACCUAAAGAUGCAGAAGCUGGUGGUGCUGGAGCUGCAGAAUGGUCUGACAACAACUCAGAUGUGUUCCUGUCAGAUUCACCCUCAAGCAGUGCUCCAUCUAGCCCGCCAAAGUUCGACGAAGAUAUCCUGGAAGAAGCUGGAAUGGUUGAAACUCGAUCACAACUGACUGAACUGAAGAUAUAACGGGUGUGCCAAUUCCUUCUACUGUAAAUUGGGGCUCACCUGAUCCAAGAAUAAAUGGAUGAUGGAGAUACCGAAAAUGUACUUGAACAGAUACGUUUACACAACACUAUGGGAAAAAGAUGGUCGGUCAGACCAUAAGCAUGUACAGUUCAUUUUUCUCAAACAUGUAUGAAAGAUUUAAGAUAUCUUCAAAUUUUGUUGAAAAUGUGCGUACCGGAGUAGAACUUCAAAUUC